UUGUAGGACCAUCUUCUACGGAUUCAAAAGGAAGCGAUAUUGAUAAGCGGAAAAGAAGAAAAAUGUAUAAAUUGUUGUUUUGGAGGACAGGAAGCCCUAGUCUCUAUCUCCUCUGCCAGUGUCGGUUUGGAUUUGCAUAUGAGCAGAAGUUCAGUCUGGUGAAUGUAAAGCUGAAAUGGGUGAAAGACAACGCCUUGGAUGCGGUUGUGGCCAGGGAGAAGGAUCUGAGGGCUACUUGCCACCUUGUCUCCAUUAUUGCCUCUGAUCCCAACUGCUGUCUCCCAAUAUACCAACUCAACAGGCAUCGUGGUCAACUUGGUCUGCCCCCUGAUCUCAAGGUCUCCACCUUCAUAAGAAGGUACCCAACCCUUUUCCAUGAAUACCCUGUUGUCGUUGGAGAUGGAUGCAGUAGCGUCCCAUGGUUCCGCUUGACUGAUGAAGCACUGAAACUCCACCAAGAAGAGCUUUACAUCCUUCAGCAGAAUGAGAAAAACCUGGUUGAAAGGCUCCAGAAACUCCUUAUGCUCACUAGGGAUAGGACACUUCCCUUGCAAACCAUUGACCAGCUGAAAUGGGACCUGGGUUUACCAAAUGACUACCACCACUCCUUGGUUCCCCGAUACCCCCAGUUAUUCUUGCUUGUCCGCCUUGUUGAUGAUCGCAUCGGCUUGAAACUUUUACAAUGGGAUGACCGUCUUGCUGUCUCGCAGUUGCAAAAUAGUGCUGUUGCUGCUGCUGAAGACAGCAAAGAACAGGAACAAGGAGUUCAGAGAUUAAGCUUUCCAAUUGGAUUCACUAGGGGUUUCGGAUUGAAAAGGAAGUGCAUGGAAUGGUUAGAGGAGUGGCAGAGGCUUCCUUACACUUCUCCUUACGUGUAUGCAUCCCAUCUCGAUCCCCGCACUGAUGUCUCUGAGAAGAGGAUUGUAGGAGUCUUUCAUGAGCUUCUCCACCUUACCCUUCAGAAGAAGACUGAACGUAAGAAUGUAAGCAACAUCCGUAAACCGUUAUGCUUACCCCAGAAGUUCACAAAGGUAUUUGGACGCCAUCCUGGCAUCUUUUACAUUUCUCAGAAGUGCUCCACCCAGACAGUCAUUCUCAGAGAAGCCUACUGCCACCAAGAACUGCUCCAGAAGCAUCCCCUUGUAGGAAUCAGGGAAAGAUAUGCAGACAUGAUGAAGACUGGACUUCUCAAUAGAAGUAGAGGCUUGUGCAAGAAAUUCAUCAGUCAUAGCCAAGAAGAAGAGGAUGAUGAAUCGAUACAUUUUCCGUGCUGAAUUAUAUGACUUUACAAUCUCAAAGCAAUUGUUUGAAGUUGUCUCUGCUUGAAAUUUCAUGAAGAGAGAACCAAAAGAGCUGCUUCUUUCUGUUACUGGAAAAUGGUCUCCAUC